CAGUCUCAUUGUGGCCCUGUAGAUCUAAAGCCAUCACACGCAGCGGCUACUACGGAGCAGCAGGGCGAUAGAACGACAGGGCCACCGCCGCCGCCGCAGCAGCCGCCGCCGCUCUCUAUUACCGACACAUUCGUUCAGCCUAAAGUGAUGGAAAUCGGCGCUGUGGGACAUUAGUGCCGCUUAUAUCGGGCCUGUGUGUCUUUUUUUUUUUUUUUUUUGGCGGUGCACAAAGCAAUGUGGAGGAAAUAAAGAUCCUGAUACGGCGGAUAAACCAGAGAUUAUAGAUAAUGGGCUGUGUGCAAUGCAAGGAUAAGGAGGCAACCAAACUCACAGACGACCGAGACGCCAGCAUCUCCCAUGGAGCCGGGUACCGCUAUGGGGCCGACCCCACGCCGCAGCACUAUCCCAACUUCGGGGUCACUGCCAUUCCCAACUACAACAACUUCCAUGCCCCCGUCGGACAGGGGGUGGCCGUCUUUGGGGGGGUCAACGUGUCCUCUCAGACUGGGACACUGCGGACUCGUGGAGGGACAGGAGUCACUCUCUUUGUGGCACUUUACGACUACGAGGCGCGGACAGAGGAUGACCUGAGCUUCAGGAAAGGAGAAAGGUUCCAAAUUCUCAACAGCACUGAGGGGGACUGGUGGGACGCGCGCUCGCUGACCACCGGGGGCAGCGGUUACAUCCCCAGUAACUACGUGGCUCCAGUAGACUCCAUUCAAGCUGAAGACUGGUACUUUGGUAAACUGGGCCGCAAGGAUGCAGAAAGACAGCUGCUGUCCACCGGUAAUCCUCGGGGCACCUAUCUGAUCCGAGAGAGCGAAACCACAAAGGGGGCCUUCUCCCUGUCCAUACGGGACUGGGAUGAUGUGAAAGGCGAUCACGUCAAGCACUAUAAGAUUCGUAAGCUGGACAGCGGAGGAUAUUACAUCACCACCAGGGCUCAGUUUGACACACUGCAGCAGCUGGUUCAGCACUACUCAGACCGCGCUGCAGGCCUCUGCUGUCGCUUGGUGGUUCCCUGCCACAAGGGGAUGCCGCGCCUCGCCGAUUUGUCGGUGAAAACCAAAGAUGUGUGGGAGAUCCCACGGGAGUCGCUGCAGCUCAUCAAGCGCCUGGGGAACGGGCAGUUUGGGGAGGUCUGGAUGGAGGGUGCGGAUGGUUUGUGCUUUAAUUUAACGGGCGUGUGCAUGAACUACAUCCCCGACACUGUGGGCUUGAGCCACGAUGCCUGGGAGAUCAGAAGAGACGCCCUGAACCUGGAGGAGCAGCUGGGGACGGGAUGCUUUGCUGAAGUGUUCUACGGAACGUGGAACGGCACCACCAAAGUGGCGGUGAAGACGCUGAAGCCCGGCACCAUGUCCCCCGAGUCGUUCCUGGAGGAGGCUCAGAUCAUGAAGAAGCUCCGCCACGACAAGCUGGUCCAGCUGUACGCCGUGGUGUCUGAGGAGCCCAUCUACAUCGUGACAGAGUACAUGAGCAAAGGCAGCCUGCUGGACUUCUUAAAGGACGGAGAGGGACGAGCGCUGAAGCUGCCCAACCUGGUGGACAUGGCAGCACAGGUGGCAGCAGGCAUGGCCUACAUCGAGAGGAUGAACUACAUCCACAGAGACCUGCGCUCGGCUAACAUCCUGGUGGGAGACAACCUGGUGUGUAAGAUCGCCGACUUCGGCCUGGCCCGGCUAAUCGAAGACAACGAGUACACGGCUCGGCAAGGAGCAAAGUUUCCCAUCAAGUGGACGGCCCCAGAGGCGGCGCUGUAUGGCCGCUUCACCAUCAAGUCAGACGUUUGGUCGUUCGGCAUCCUGCUGACGGAGCUGGUGACAAAGGGCCGCGUGCCGUAUCCAGGCAUGAACAACCGUGAGGUUCUGGAGCAGGUGGAGCGGGGCUACCGGAUGCCGUGCCCCCAGGACUGCCCCAGCUCGCUGCAUGAGCUCAUGCUGCAGUGCUGGAAGAAGGACGCCGAGGAGAGGCCCACCUUCGAGUACCUGCAGGCCUUCUUGGAGGACUACUUCACAGCCACCGAGCCUCAGUACCAGCCUGGGGAUAACCUCUAAACACCCGCCGCCCCCAGCCAAGCAAAAAAAAAAAAAAAAAAAACACCCGCUGUCCCCAUGUCCUCCCCCUCCGACCCUGCUGCCCUUCAGGACUCAGGUGGAACUGCUGCUGGGGGCGGGGCUGACCCCAGAAGUGCUGUAUUUAAAUAAGAAAGCCCAACAGACUGUGGAGCAGUCAGGCCUCUAGUUCCAGGGAUCUGUUCAGCUUCCUCUGCUCAACUCGAACCUCUCAGAUUUUCCUUCCUGCAAAAAAUAAAAUAAAAAAAUGAAGAAAAAAAACGACUCUCUGACUCUCUGGGUGUCUGAACCCAGCAGGUGAAGGCUCACAAACUGAACUGGGACACAGGAGGUGAGGAGGUUGGGUAGAGGGGAGGUUCAUGCAAAGAAAUAACCUGUAUUCUCUGUAAAUAAGAAAAGCUUGUUUUAGUUUGUUUGCCUCUGUUCCAGAAUUUAUUUUCUCCUGCACAAAAAUAAUUCUGAAAAAAAAAACAGCAGGGAUAGGAGCACCGAGCAGCGCAUGGAUCAGGCAGAAGCUCCAGUGUUAUUUUUUAAGAUUAAAUCUGAUGCCUCAUUCUUUUUUUUUCUGUCUGAAAACAAAAUUCUCCAAUAAAUCAUGGCUUCAUUACAGAAGAAAAUUUAGGGCCACUGAAAAAAUAAUAAUUCUGACCUUUUUAAGAUAGAAGUGGAAAUUAUGAGGAAAAAAGUCAGAAUUUAUUUUUUUGAGUGCUUUUUCUUUGUGCUUCAUCCCUAUUUGUAUUUAGAUUUUUUUUUUCUAUUUUAUACAAACUUCAACAAGAAGCUCUGCGCUCCUUAACAAGGAAUAUGUUUCUACCAAUCAGAGCUUGGCAGCGCUGCUUCUUCUCUUUCUGCUCUCUGGACCAUGUGUGAGCAAAGAGGAGUCUGCACAUGUAGUUCCUCUUAUUUAAGUGUUUUUUCUUCUUCUUCUUUUGGUGCAGCUUGGAGAGAGUUCCCAUCUUCUCCAGCUGAGCCCAAACCAGUUCACCUGCUGACUUACUUCUUUCUGCCCUCAUAUUAUUCAGCUCUGUACCGAGUCUUUGUUCCGGGUGGUUGGGGGUUUAGGGUUAUAACGUUGAGUUAGGAAAACUCGGGGACCAUUUCAGGUAACGUGUGAAGAAGUCUGAAUGUGGAGCCAGUAGAAAUGAGGAUUCAGCCCAGAGACGCUGAGUUGUCCUCUCUUUAUGUCUUCAGUUGUACAGCUGAAUGAUUUGUAAGUGUGGCUAACCUCACUCCUUUGUAUCUGACAUUUCCAUUUUUUAAUAUUUCUUGUUUUUCUUGAUUUUUAUUUUAUUUUAUUUUUGGGCGUUUGGAAUUCAGAAAAGACAAAUAAACAUUUUACACUCUUCUGAGA